GAGUCGCGCGACCCACAAAAUUCAACCCCUUUUACCUUCGCCUGAAGCCCUCAAAUCUAAACCCCCUCCUCCUCCUUCCUUCCGCUCCAUCUGAUUUCAAAGGACAAAAAGCAAGCGAGAGAGACGGAGAUGGCCGGAGAGGAAGAGAACAGUGAGUUCUACCUUAGGUACUACGUCGGCCACAAGGGCAAGUUCGGCCACGAGUUCCUGGAGUUCGAGUUUCGACCCGACGGCAAGCUCCGCUACGCCAACAAUUCCAACUACAAGAACGACACUAUCAUCCGCAAGGAGGUCUACGUCACUCCCGCCGUCGUCAGGGAGUGCCGUCGUAUCAUCUCGGAGAGUGAGAUCAUGAAGGAAGAUGACGUGAACUGGCCAGAACCUGACCGUGUUGGGCGGCAGGAGCUUGAAAUUGUAAUGGGGAAUGAGCAUAUCUCCUUCACUACUUCAAAGAUCGGAUCGCUUGUUGAUGUCCAGAGCAGUAAGGAUCCUGAAGGUCUUCGUAUCUUUUAUUAUCUCGUUCAGGAUCUGAAGUGCUUUGUGUUCUCUCUCAUCUCCCUUCACUUCAAGAUCAAGCCGAUAUAAGAUGUAUCAGUGUUUGCUUGACAAGUUGCACUCCUGGGUUUUGUAUGCCUUUCGAUACAGUUUACAUUUUUAAUAUGAAGGCCUAAUCAUUUGACAAUCUUUUUGUAACUUCUGUUAUUUGGAUGGUUACAAGUGGAUUUCGGAAUAUAGGCCAAAUGGAAUUCUACAAUCUGUUGCGAAAUCUCCAGUUUCCUGGUGUCGACUCUGCACCUCCUACUCUGUGUUCGGGGCUGCAGGCGGCAGCGGUUCAUUGUACCGUGUGCGCUUUCUUACGUGCUACUGCCAAAGAAAGCAGAAAGUAUGCCAACUGAUUUAGGUGGAAUUUAUGAUAUUAACAUGAUCAUUGUCGUUUCGCAACUCA